GUCUAACUGUGUGACUGACAUUUUUAAUACAAACUGUUAAAUGUGUUCCAUCCCAUUGCUAACCUGUGCUAACUGAAUAAUGGCCGUGCUCUGCAGAAGCUCAAGAAGAAAAAGCAGGAGACGAGUCAGAGCCAAGCCAACAGCUCUGAUGGCAAACCGAAAAGGUCAAAGGUCAAAAAGAAGGAGGACCCCGCCGGCGGGGAGGACAGCCCAGCCUCGCUAAAUGAAAAGAGGGUGAAGAAAAUGAAAACAGCAAAGGACAGGGCAGAACCAGCAGGGAAAGACAUCAAAAAGAAGACAAAGACUGCUGCAAAAAAGACAGAAGGCUCUGAAUGCGAAAAUGGUGUUGAGCAUGAGAAGGACAAUGCACCCCAGAAAAAGACUAAGAAGAAGCCUUUGAAGGAGAGCGCCUCAUCCAGUGCCAAGGACCAGAAAUCAAACUGCAAGGUCUGUUUUUCUCAUUGUUCAGAAGACAAAGGAAAGCCACUGAAAUCCAAGAAGAAAGAUCCAGCGUCCAUGUUUCUGAUAGAUGAGGAGAAGCUAAAUUUCAGCACAAGACCAAAAGGCAAAUCGGUGAGCGAUGACAGCGAACCUGAAACCAAACCCAGUAAAACCAAGAAGAGAGAUAACACCGUUCCUGGCUCCAUGUUCCGGGCCGGAGGAGACAACGAGAAGGAUAAGGAGAGGGACAGAAAGGGCAAGAAGGAAGGACAUAAAAAGGCUAAGGAGAGUGAAGACAAAGACUCAGAGGUGACCUUGAAGAAGAAGAAAGGCAAGGGGAAGAAGAGCAAAAAGGAGGAAAGACCACCGUCACCUGUUAUCGAGUUUGAUGACCUGGAGGAGUUUGUGUUGCAGCCAGCUCCACAGGGCAUCACGAUCAAAUGCAAGGUGAUGCGGGACAAGAGAGGCAUGGACCGCGGAUUCUACCCCACUUAUUACCUGCACCUGGACAGUGAAAAGAAGGUCUUCCUGCUGGCUGGCCGGAAACGCAAGAAGAGCGCGACCUCAAACUACCUGAUCUCCACCGAUGCCACUGACCUGUCACGGGGUGGAGAGAAUUAUGCCGGGAAGUUAAGGUCGAAUCUGAUGGGGACCAAGUUCACCGUGUUCGAUGAUGGCUUGAACCCUGACAGGGCGCUUCCGGAUCUGUCCAAUGCCCGGCAGGAACUGGCGGCCGUGAUCUAUAAAACAAAUGUGCUAGGAUUUAUGGGCCCCAGGGAGAUGACAGUCAUCAUCCCAGGGAUGGAUGAGUGCAAUGAGAGAGUGCCGAUACGACCUCCAAACGACGCUGAUGGGCUCGUGAUGAGGUACCAGAACCGGCAGAUGGACGGCCUAAUCGAGCUGCACAACAAGACCCCAGUGUGGAACGACGACUCAGCCUCCUACGUGCUCAACUUCUCAGGCCGCGUCACGCAGGCGUCUGUGAAAAACUUCCAGAUCGUCCACAGCAAAGACAGUGAGAGAGAGAGAGAGAGAGAGAGAGAGAGAGAGAGAAUCUUCUUUAUGCUAAAUGCUAAACACUCAGGCAAGCAGAAAAACAAGACGGACGCAGGACACCGUGUGGCCCUUGGAGAUGACAGUGAUGCGAAGGGCCACUGAGCUUGAUCAUUUCAUUCAUUGGUUUAGCUUGUGUUUAUCUGUAAGCAUUUGAGAGAGGUUAAGGUUCAGGUAUUUGACUUGUUCACACACACACACACACACACACAGGUUUGUAAUUAUAUCUUUGUGGGGACUCUCCAUUCAUUUCUAUGGGGAAAACUCUAAUCCCAACAUGAUGACCUUAACCCCUACCCAGCCCUAACCUUAACCAUAAGUAACCAAACAAAAUAUAAAAGUCCUUGCAUUUUCAAUUUAUUGAUUGCAGUUUCAGACUUUUAGAAAAUAGCCAUUGCCCAUAAUGGAAAACUCUAACUGGUCCCCCAGAGGUAUUCAUCACGUUGUGGGGACAUUUGGUCCCCACAAAGUAAGGUAUAUCUGGAACAUGCACACACUCUCACACAGGGAAUUUCUCUCUGGUUGUCAGUGGCUCUCAUACAUACAGCAGAUACACACACAGUUAGGAAAAGAUGACGGCCACAAACAGUCCAGUUGAUAUAUACAGAGUGCACACAAGUGUGGAUGAUUAAUGUACAAUAAGUGCAAGAGUGCAUGUCGGUGGAAUGUUGCAAUGAAUGCAGUGUGUACAGGACAAUACAGUAAGUACAGUGAGUUAUUUACAGCAGUGAGGUAUUUUAACCUGGCAUCUGUUCCUGAUGCUGGAAGCUUGUCUGCCUUGUUUACUAUGCAUUUGUCUUCUGUCAGUUUUAGUUGUAAUUGUUUGAGUUUCCUAUCCCGUGAAUGACAUUCCUGCCCUGCCUCCCUACACCCCCCCCCCCAUCAUCAGACAGCUACAUCAUAAUGCAGUUUGGGCGCGUGGCGGAUGACACCUUCACACUGGAUUACAGCUACCCCCUGUGUGCAGUGCAGGCCUUCGCCAUCGCACUGUCCAGCUUCCAUGGGAAACUCGCCUGUGA